UAAAAAGACAAAAUAGACCCUAACAAAUUGGCUUAUCGCCGUAAAGCUCUAUAGCGCCGGUCCUGUGUUCGGCAGUUCAGCACCACCACCACCGCCCACCGGAGAUCGAUUGGAGUUCGCAAAUGGGCAUCGACGGCCACGGCGGCGGAAGAGGAGGAAGCGGUUCGCGGUGGCUAGAGAUCGCCGAGAGGCUUCUCGGUGCUCGGGACCUCGUCGGUAGCAAGCGGUUCGCGGAGCGCGCCAUGGAGGCGGAGCCCCUCCUCGACGGCGUCGAUCAGGUCCUCGCCGUCGCCGACGUUCUCCUGGCCGGCCAGCGCCGCAUCAACAACCACGUCGACUGGUACGCCGUCCUCCAGCUCCUGCCCCCCUCUGCCUCCUCCGAUGGCUCCGAUGCCGCGGACAUCAGGCGUCAGUACCGCCGCCUUGCUCUCCUUCUCCACCACGACCGCAACAGGUCUCCUGGCGCCGACGCCGCGUUCAGACUCGUAGCCGACGCCUUCGCCGUCCUCUCCAACCCUGACAAGAAGAGCCUCUUCGACGCCGAGAUUCGCAUUGCUGCCUCUGCCGCCGCCGCAGCCGCCUCCAAGCCUUCCCCCUCUCCGUCCCCAGUCACCGCUGAACCCUUCUGGACGAAAUGCCCCACCUGCUGCAACGUGCACAUGUUCGCCGGGGAGUACCUGAACCUCUCCCUUCGCUGCUCCACUUGCCGCCAGCCGUUUCUCGCCACCGAGUUAUCUUCCCCGCCCCCUGUCGUCCCUGGGACCGACAUGUACUACUGCUCCUGGGGUUUCUUCCCUCUGGGGUUCCCUGGAGGUCCGUGCUUCUACGGCGGUGGUGGCAUUGCUCCUUCAGAUCUUGAUAGCGAAUGGAAACCGUUCUACCCGAUGUUUCCCAACUGGGGUAACAACACCAACCCGCAGCCGCCCCAUCAGCAGCCGGGAGCAUCCAUGCAUCCGCCGGACCGGCACCGGGAUUGGCAGAACAAUGGGAAGAAGGAAAAUAUUAAUGAACCACAGUGGGCGAUGCCAGCCAUGAACAAGAAGACUAUGGCAGAGAAGAAGGUCGAGGUAGGCCUAAAGAAGAGACCUUUGGGUGGUAGGAACAGUGGAAAGUGGACGGGAAGCAGUGGGAUAAGUAUCUCUGGUCCUGUGGCACGGUUAGGAAGUGGAAUGAAGCCUAUUAAUCUUGAAGCAGUAGACGUAAAAGAAGCAGAAGAGGAGGAAGAGGUUGUUAGAGGAAUCAAUAUCAACGAAGAAUACAAGAGCUUAGAUGGCGUCCAUGAAGAUUCUAAUGACUCAUUGAGCUUUCAUAUAGAUGUGGAUGCUACUAAUGACAUUCUGGGCAAUCUGCACAACCUUCCAUUCCUAAAGGAAGAUGAUAUUCCGUUGCGGACGCCAUAGUGUUGUAAUUGUUGUUACAUGAGAAGGAUGAAGAAAGUAUUGUGCAGCCAUUAACAUAUCAAUGUGGGUUUAGCACUGUUGUAGUGGAGACUGAUCCUUAACUAUCUUUCAGACUGUAUGUUUUGCUAGUAUGUAAUUUCCUUCUCUCAUGUUACUGGAUCAUGAUGGUAGUUUUGCGAUACUUUUUAACUUGUAUGGAUUUCUCGUGAAGUCUUGAAAUCAGGCUUUACUGCUUAGC